GCACGAGCGCGCAGACGCAGCCCACCCACCACCACCCCCGCACGCGACGCGGCCGAAGCGAAUACUUUUCCAAACUCCUCUCCUCACACUGUAUGGGUUGCUGCGGCUCCUCGCUGCGGGUGGGGUCCCACGCGCCGGAGAAGCCGCCCCGCCGCGCCCGCCCCCCGCCGCCGCCGCCGCAGCCACACCACCCGCGCCGCCCGUCCUUCACCCUCAACGCGCACCAGGCGGCCGCCUCCUCCUCCGCCGCCUCCGCCGCUCCCGCCCCGGCGUUCGCGGAGUUCUCGCUGGCGGAGCUCCGGGAGGCGACGGGCGGGUUCGCGGCGGCGAACAUCGUGUCGGAGAGCGGCGAGAAGGCGCCCAACCUCGUCUACAGGGGGCGGCUGCAGGGGGCGGGAGGCGGCGGCCGCGCCAUCGCCGUGAAGAAGUUCGGCAAGCUGGCAUGGCCCGACCCCAAGCAGUUCGCGGAGGAGGCGAGAGGGGUGGGGAAGCUGCGGCACCGGAGGAUGGCCAACCUCAUCGGCUACUGCUGCGACGGCGACGAGCGGCUCCUCGUCGCCGAGUUCAUGCCCAACGACACCCUCGCCAAGCACCUCUUCCACUGGGAAAACAAGGCUAUUGAAUGGGCUAUGCGCCUCAGAGUUGCAUACAACAUUGCUGAAGCAUUGGAAUAUUGUAGCAAUGAGGAAAGGCCUUUAUAUCACGACCUAAAUGCAUACAGAGUACUCUUUGAUGAGAAUGGUGAUCCUCGUCUAUCAUGCUUUGGUUUGAUGAAAAACAGCAGGGAUGGGAAAAGUUAUAGUACAAACCUGGCAUAUACACCUCCAGAAUAUCUGAGAAAUGGCAGGGUCACACUAGAAAGUGUUGUAUUCAGUUUUGGCACAAUACUCAUCGAUCUUCUCAGUGGAAAGCGCAUUCCUCCUACCCUUGCACUUGACAUGAUAAGAAGCAGAAGCAUCCAAGCAAUAAUGGAGACAAAUUUAGAGGGAAAGUACUCUAUAGAGGAGGCUACUACUCUGGUGGAUCUUGCUUCAAAAUGCUUACAGUAUGAACCAAGAGAUAGGCCUGAUAUUAAAAAGUUGGUUUCCAUUCUUCAGCCUUUGCAAACAAAAUCAGAGGUACCUUCUUAUGUGAUGCUUGGAGUUCCAAAGCCUGAAGAAGUACCAAAGGCGCCUCCCGCCCCACAGCACCCACUUUCUCCCAUGGGAGAGGCCUGUUCCAGGAUGGACCUUACUGCCAUCCAUCAGAUCCUAGUUUCAACACAUUACAGAGAUGAUGAAGGGACUAAUGAGCUAUCUUUCCAAGAAUGGACUCAACAGAUGAGAGAUAUGUUGGAUGCUAGGAAACGUGGUGAUUUUGCAUUUCGAGACAAAAAUUUCAAGCAAGCCAUAGAUUGUUACACUCAGUUUGUUGAUGUGGGGACAAUGGUGUCGCCAACUGUAUAUGCCAGACGGAGCUUGUGCCACCUUAUGUGUGACCAACCUGAUGCUGCACUCAGGGACGCAAUGCAAGCACAGUGUGUGUAUCCCGAUUGGCCCACAGCUUUCUACAUGCAGGCAGUGGCGCUCUCAAAGCUGAACAUGCAGAGUGACUCUUUGGACAUGUUGAACGAGGCAUCACAGCUAGAAGAGAAGAGGCAAAAGAGCAUAAAAGGUCCAUGAAGAACUUGUUUAGGCUCAGAGAAGCGGCGUUCCAGAAGCUGGCACUUAUCUGUAGUAUAUUGCGGGGUUAGGAGUUAGAAGACCUAUUUGGAGAAGAUGUUUACCGGCGUGUCGUAUGAUUAAAAAGGAAAACCCAUUUGGUUUGGCUUCCUACGAUAGGAGAUGCAUUUUUUUGGACCCAUGUAUAUAACAUCUGUUGAAUAGUUAGAGCAUGGGAGUUCAUUUGUGGUGGCUAAAGAGUGUUGCUGGUUGUUCACAAGGGUCCUUGUAGGUAAAGUUAAUAAAACAUGUCCUAUGUACAGAAAUAUUUGUUUGGAAGUACACCAAUCCCAUAUAAAUACAUAUUUGUGUGCAUCGCAGUGCCGUUCUUCGA